UCCGUCCCCGUAGUCGGUGUUGGAGGGGUCCCUACCGAAUCCGUGUCCUUCCGGUCAUGAUUUAUAGAGUUCUCGCAGCUCGCGGCUCACAGCAGAAACAGAGCAGCAAUCAAUCCUAUUGAGAGAGAGGGGAAAAUCAAGAAGGAUGCCGAAGAAGAUGGGAACAAACAGCAAGGCAGAGGCAGCUAGGGCUCGGAAGAGCGCCACAGAAACCGAGAAGAAGGAAAGAGAAGCCCGCGACAAAGAAGAUCAGUACUGGAAGGAGGCCGAGGGCGCCAGAUCCCGUGCCGCCAAGAAGCGCGAGGAAGAGGCAGAGAAGCGCGCCGAGGCCGCCGCCCGCAAGGCCGAGAUCCGCAGGCUCGCCGACAUCGAGCAGCAGGAGCUCGACAAGGCCAUCAAGAAGCCCGACAAGAAGGCGAGCCGCGUCUCCAUCCCCGUCCCCAAGGUCACCGAGGCUGAACUCCUCCGCCAACGCGAAGAGGAGCGCCUACAGAUCCUGCAGCGUGCCGACGCCACCAAGAAGCAGCAGAGACGGACCGCUGAGGAGGAGGAGUAUGAAAGAAUGGUGCUUGUAGCUAACACCAACAGGGACGACUCAGUCAUUGAGGCGCAUUCCGUUGAGGACGCGCUCUCGAGUAUGGCCAUUGCGGAUGCGUUGCCCGUGGACAAGCAUCCAGAGAGGAGGCUGAAAGCAUCAUUUAAGGCUUUUGAGGAAGCAGAGCUUCCCAAACUGAAAAUUGAGAAGCCAGGUCUCUCCCUCACUCAAUACAAGGAAAUGAUAUGGAAGCUAUGGAAGAAAUCUCCAGACAAUCCUUUGAACCAGGUUGCUGAAUGAUUCAAUUUUAAUCACAGGCAAGUUUCCUCGGUUUCAAUCUUUGUGGCUGUUUUCUUCGUCAUCCAUUUAUUGAUCACCUUGUUACCUAAAUACAGAUUAAUGGUUCCUGCUAAUAGUAAGAUUACAUGGUUAUGUGUUCUGGCCCCCCAAUGAACCCCCGCAAUUCGUACUCUAUAUAAUGUCUAUUCAUAAGAUUUCAGAUCUCUUGGUACGCUCGUCUUGCGUGCUUUGGGCAUCUAGUUUUCAGAUCUCUUGGUACACCCUGUCUUGUGUUGCUUUGGGCAUCUAUGCCAACAAUAAGCAAUUGCGUGUGUUGUAUAUAAAUAUAUAUUGUGGUGUGCAUGGAAGGCAGUGAUGAGAAAUCCAGUGGAGAUAUUAACAGAAAAACAUGUCAUAUUUGGCUUAUUCCUACUUGAUGUAACUGAGUAUGCUCAUAAUAUCCUUAUUAUGAUCUUGGACAGCAAUUUCGCCAGGUGCUUUGGAACC